CUGAAACGAAAGUGAAAUAGUGGAUGCAGUGAAAUAAUAGGACGACGCGUUUCAUACCCAAACAGUAUUCGCAUGAGGGGUGAAACGAUGGAUGAAUAUCCUUAUCCCAUCAAUAUAGACGUCAGUUGGACAAACUCUGUCUCUAAAGGGAUACAGAACAAGCUUCAGAUUUAUUUUCAAAGUAAAAAGAAGUCGAGUGGAGGGGACUGCUUGGUGCACUACGAGGAUCAACGCUCCACUAGCGCAACUGUUUAUUUCAAAUCUGAGGAUGUCAGGGAAAGCGUUCUAUCGAGAGAUAACCAUGAAAUUACUGUAGACAAUGAAACUGUGAAGUUGCGCUUGUCAUCACCAUCGGGGGAAAAUCUGAAAGAGGCUUGCACUCUGUCGCUUGGUGCUACAAGCAAUGAAUUGUCAGAUGUGUCAAGUGAAGCACAGAAAGCUCCCAACUCUGAGAGUGGGCCUGGAGAGGGAGGUGGAGCUGAGGUGUCUCCUCAGAGCUCUGCUGUGGUGCUGGAGAGAGUUCCUGAGAACAUGCCGAGAGACUUGCUGUUGUUGCUGGUGGAGACCAUCUCUGGCCUGGAGGAAGAAACCUUCUCACUGGAGGUCAUCAGUGAGACAAACAGAGCUGUUGUGACCUUCAAUAAUCCCAAAGAUGUGGAGCGUUUUCUCACUGAGAGCAAGAGGAACAAUAGUUUCCAGAAGCAGGGUUUGAUUGGCCGGUUGCUAGAGAGGUGCCAGAGUGUGAGAGUGGAGAACCUGGCCUCGAACAUACUUCAGGAUAUGCUGGAGCUCUACAUUGAGAAGUGGGCUGGCCCAGCAAAGGACAUCACUGUGUUUCGUGAGGAACAGGCAGCCAUUGUCACCUUCCAUGCACCAGAAGCUGUGGAAACCACUCUAAAUAAACGUCUUGUAAUUGGCAAAGUCCCAGUCAACGUGUAUCCAUACUAUGAGUCCUUAGGAACUGCCUUGUAUGGAAAGGAGAGGCCAAUGUGGAAGAUGCCUGACCCCUUCAUAGAGUGUGUGCAUUCUGCCGUAUGGAAAUUCCUCUCCACGAAGAGACAGUUUUCCCGCAUCACUGACCAGAUGAAGGCUCAUUUCUGUCAAGUAAACAUGGAUACUCCUGAGGUAAAACUCAGUCCUUUGCCAACCCUGCUAAGGCAGAAAGGACUAACAAGCAAACAUGUAGAUGGAUGGAAGCAGAAUGCCUUGAUCGUCUUCCGUGACAUCAUGGCCAAAUAUGCUGUGUUUGAGUGUUUUGUAAGUGCCCCAGCGUGGAAGGCAGUGGAGAAAGAAGUCCGCUCGGUGGUGAAAGAGGAUGCUGUCCUAGCUAUGGAUGCCUCCAAAGGGUCUCUGACAGUUGCAGGUCUGGCCGAAAACACAAAGCGACUCCAGGGGCUGGUGGAAGACCUCAUGCAGAGGGCCAUGAGUCGGAUAGAGAGGCAGAGGGAUGGCAUCUCGGAGGAGAUGGACAUGUCCCCUGCCAUGUUCUAUAUCCUACAGCAGGAAGGACUUCUGAAGUGCGCAGCAGACAAAGCCCCAGAGAUGGGUUUUUCUUACAGAGACGACACCAAGAAGUUGGUUCUCUCAGGUCUUGUUGCAGAGGUGUACAAAAUUAAGUACUGGAUUCUGGAGAGGGAGCUCAAGAUGAAUAAGAAGCAGCUGAAGCUGGAACCCCAAAUCCUGGACUUCCUGAGGUCAGUCGACAGUAUGGAGAUGUCCCAGGACCUGUUCACAUCCCGGGGCAUCAACGCUGUGUACAGAGUGGAGGGUGGAAAGGUACUUCUGACUGGUAGCUCAGACAGAGCAUUGGCUGAUGCAGAGCAGAGGGUGAAGACUGCCCUGUCCCUGCAGAGCCUUAUGGUGGAGGAUCAGGAGGUGCUGAGGAAGCCUGAGUGGAAAGAUCUGAACAACCAGCUGGUGGAUGCCUACAACUCCAUAAAGAAAAGAACGGUGGUGAUUAAGCUUCACCCAGAGAGGAGAGACAGAAUCAUUGUGUCUGGCUUCCUGGACCCGGUCAGAGAGGUCAGCAAUAGUCUGCGGGACUUUGUUGAAAACUACUCACGAGUCGAAGAGGCUGUCCUUCUCAAGUCCUGUGCCGUGGUUAAAUUCAUCCAGGAGAACAAAUCCCAGGACUGGGAACAUUUUGGCAAGCGUGAUGAGGUGAACGUCUACUUUGACCCCAGAAGGCCCAAAAUGGUCCUUUCUGGAGAGCGUCUCUACGUCAAGAAGGCCAAAGAGACCUUUCAGAAGAUGGUAGCAACUUUCUGCACUGAUGAGCUCACCAUCAUGAAGCCUGGAGCAAGAAAGUUCUUCCAAGAGGAGGGAAGAAUGUUUGUUUCCAUGGCGAUGAAGGAGCAUGGCUGUGUGGUGCUGCUGCAGGAAGACUACAUGCUGGAGGAAGAAGAGGGCGAUGAUGAAGAUGGGGAGAAAGGAUUUGGCCCCUCAUCCUGCUGUGAGGUGAGGACACACAAUGGAAUCCUGGUCUCUGUCAGUAAGGCAGACAUCUGCAAGUUCAAAGUGGACGCAGUAGUCAAUGCAGCCAAUGAAGACCUGCAGCAUAUUGGAGGCCUGGCUUUAGCACUACUCAAGGCUGCUGGUCCUCAGCUGCAGGAGCUCAGUGAUCAACAUGUCCGUAAUAACCGCCGACUGCAGCCAGGCGACGCCAUUGUGACAGAUGCAGGCAAUCUACCCUGUAAGUAUGUGGUCCAUGCGGUUGGUCCACGGUUCACACACUUUGACCAAGGAACAGCCAUACAGCGUCUGAAACAAGCUGUGAAUGAGAGCCUGAGGGAGGCUGCGAAGGUUAACUGCUCAACUGUUGCCGUCCCGGCCGUCAGCUCUGGGAUAUUCGGCUUUCCUCUGGACCUGUGCACUGAGACCAUUGCUGUGGCAGUGCGUGACUACUGUGAGAACCUAAGAGGUCAGACCUCUCUGACUGAGAUUCACCUGGUGGACAGCAAUGACAACACUGUGAGAGCCCUGGCCAGCGCUGUCCAGAAAACGUUCAAUGACCUGCACCCAAAAAUGACCAUGCCUCCGCAGGGUGCACAUAGGGGAAAUGGACAUUGGGGACGCGGGCAACAGGGAAGUGAACGACGGGGAAGAGGACAACAUAGUUACGGACAUCAAGGACCUGGAUAUCAGGGACAGUCACCAUGGGGACAUGGGCAGUGGGGACAAAGCAGAAGGGGGGGGGAGGAGAAGGUAGAGGGGGAGCCGGAGGUAGAGGAGGAGGAGAAGGUAGAGGAGGAGGUGGAGGUAGAGGAGGAGGUGGAGGUAGAGGAAGACAUGGAUAUAGGGGAGGAGACAUCUGAGGGCAUCGUCAACACCAUCUCUGAGGAUUUGGACCUGAGUAAAGGUGCUGUGUCCAAUGCUAUCCUAAAGGCAGCCGGUCCUGGGCUCCAAUCAGCAGCCACAGAUGAGGCUCGCGUCAACAGAUUGGCCUAUGGUGACAUUGUGGUCACCGACGGUUACAACCUGCUAUGUCAGAGGGUGAUCCAUACUGUCUGCCCCCAUUGGGACCAGGGAGCUGGCUCAGCAGAGAAGAUAUUGAGAACGAUGAUCAGAGAUUGCCUGAGUGAGGCAGAGAAGCAUAGGCUGGCAUCCCUGUCUUUCCCUGCCAUUGGAACAGGGAACAUGGGAUUCCCUAAGGGCCUGGUGUCCAAGCUUCUUCUGCAGGAGGUCAAAGACUUCAGCCAGAGAAGAAACUCCACACACCUUAAAGAGGUGGCCAUCGUGGUCCACCCCAGCGACACCCAAACUGUGGAUUGCUUUGUCAGGGAAUUCAGAGGUCAGACACAAGGGUAUACUUGGCAGAGUUCACAAGGUUCCGGCCAAUCACAACAUUCCAAAUCUCAUGUUGGCCAAUCACAGCAGCCCUCUGGCGCAGGCUUCUUUGGACAGGUGUCAUCCCCUUCUCUGGGUGUGUACAGCAUGCAGAUGGAUCACGUGACCUUUGAAGUGUCAUCAGGAGACAUCACCAAGGAGUCCAGUGAUGUCAUUGUCAACUCCUCCAAUAAGGACUUUAACCUCAAAUCAGGUGUAUCCAAAUCCAUUUUAGAAGGAGCUGGAUUGAAGGUGGAGUUGGAGUGCUCAGAGAUUGUCAGAUCCCCAAGCUUCCAACCAUGCAGGAUGAUCGUGACAUCAGCAGGAUCUCUCCCAUGCAAACACAUCAUGCACAUUGUGGGACAGAAUGACCCUAAGAUCAUUAAAGAGACUGUGUACGAUGUUCUCAAGAAGUGUGAGGAGCGAAGGUUCACCUCAGUGUCCUUCCCAGCGCUUGGAACAGGCCAGGGUGGGGCGAGUCCCUCUGCUGUUGCGGACGCCAUGAUUGACGCAGUGGUGGACUUUGUGAAGAAGAAAAAGGGACAGUUUGUGAGAAGUGUGAACAUCCUGAUAUUCCAGACUGCCAUGGUGACGGAGUUCCACAAGAGCAUGAAGAGGAGAGUGGGAGAGGGAGUGGAGGAAAAGGGCAUUUUUACCAGGUUUAAAGAUUCGCGCUCUGCCCGUGAGAACCUUGUCAUGGCGGGAGAGGAGUUUGCCCCAACCGUGUUCCAGCUGUGUGCAGAGAGCCCCCAGGCUGUGAGCCGUGCCCGGGACUGGGUUAAAAACCUCAUAAUGAAGGAGCAAACUGAGAAAACCAUCAAGAACCCGUACAUCAGCCAGCUGAGCCAGGGGGAUGUGGAGAAGUUGCAGGCCAUGCAGAGGGAGCUGAUGGUCAGGAUACGCCUGGAGAAGAAGGGCCCCAACUCCUUGAUCCGCCUGGAGGGCCUGAGCCGCGAUGUGCUUACAGCAGACAGCCUCAUCAGGGACAUGGUCCUGGUCCAGGAGAGGGCAGAGAACAGCAGACAGGCAGCUUUCCUGGUGAGCAGCCUGGUGGAGUGGCAGUACAAAGACCACAGUGGAACAAUAGUGUCUUUUGACAUGCUCACCAACUACAUCCUGGAGGAGGCUGUGAAAGACAACAGCAAAGUGACAAUCAAGAUCAACAAUGAGGAUUAUAAGGCAAAUGUAGCCCACAAGAGAGCUGUCAAGUUUGGGGGCAGAAGAGAAAUUGAGUUACUGAGAAAAGACUUGAAAGACGAUACAUCAGUGUCUCUACCUGCACACUGGGAUGACAUGAAGGGUUCCCUCUUAAUGCUGGUCCCACUAACUACAGGAUCCAAGGGAUACAAUGACGUAGAGAAGGAAUUUCGAAAGACUUUGCUCACUGACACCAUCAUUACAAUUGAACAAGUCCAGAACGAUUCACUGUGGAAGAGCUACCAGAUAAGAAAGAAGCUCCUGGAGGAGAAGAACAAGCACACAAACAACGAGAAACUGCUGUUCCAUGGCACCAGUUCCGACUCCAUCACCCAGAUCAACAACCAUGGCUUCAAUCGCAGCUACGCUGGAACACAUGGUGCAGCUAUCGGCAAUGGAUCAUACUUUGCUGUGGACUCCAGUUAUUCAGCAAGGGGAUAUUCUAAAGCUGAUGCACAAGGGAACAAGUGCAUGUACCUGGCCAGGGUUCUUGUUGGAGACUACACUCAGGGAAAAGCAGGCUUGAUUUUUCCUCCUGCCAAACCUUCAGGGAAGGAUGCCGAUUUGUACGACAGUGUCACAGACAACACCUCCAAUCCAACCAUGUUUGUGAUCUUCAAUGAUGUGCAGGCUUAUCCAGAGUUCCUCAUCACAUUCCAGUAAAUCAGAUUUAACUACCUUCAUUAGUAUAUCAAUACUUCACAACAAAUUGCAUAUGUCUGUGUGAAGGGUUUUAAAGGUAUGUGGGUUAGUUGUAAUAGCCAUGGCUGAGGUUAGACAUCCUUAGAGUAACCAGUGGUGUACAGUUGCAAAGUUGUAUGGUAUGUCAUUUGAUGCUGUGCAGAUUCUGCAAAGAGAGAAGAAGCUACUGGAGAAGGGGUUGAGAGAGCUUAUAGACUACCGUAGUGGAAAUAGGGUCUUCAUUGAUGAGCAGGAGCAGAAGUUUUCAGAGUAUCUCUUGAGGCCAGCUGAUUUAUGCCCACUGUUAUCGAGGCCACCUCUCCGGAUGCCUCCCAGCCCAGCUAUCCAGCUGCCUCCCAUGUCACCUCUCCAGCCAUCUCCCAUUUCACCUCUCCAACUGCCAUCCAGGCCACCUCUCCAGCCGUCUCCCAUUUCACCUCUCCGGCUGCCUCCCAGGCCAGCUCUCCGGCUGCGUCCCAUGUCACCUUUCCGGCUGCGUCCCAUGUCAGCUCCUGCCGCCUCCCAGGCCGCCUCUCAUGCCGCCUCCCCGGCCGCCUCCCCGGCCGCCUCCCAGGCCGCCUCCCAGGCCGCCUCUCCAACCGCCUUUCCAGCAGCCUUCCAGGCCACCUCUCCAGCAGCCUUCCAGGCCGCCUCUCCAACCGCCUUCCAGGCCGCCUCUCCAGCAGCCUUCCAGGCCGCCUCUCCAGCAGCCUUCCAGGCCGCCUCUCCAGCAGCCUUCCAGGCCGCCUCUCCAGCAGCCUUCCAGGCCGCCUCUCCAGCAGCCUUCCAGGCCGCCUCUCCAGCAGCCUUCCAGGCCACCUCUCCAGCAGCCUUCCAGGCCACCUCUCCAGCAGCCUUCCAGGCCACCUCUCCAGCAGCCUUCCAGGCCACCUCUCUGGAAACGCCCGAUUACUCUUCUGAUUUCAACCCAGUUGAUGUACACCCAUUCAAGCACUCAGAAGGCCAAAACAAAAUGUGCCCUGCCUAAAAAAACAGCUGGAAAUAAGCAAGCCAAAACAAACCACACUGAACAACAACAAAACAAAACGGAUUGAACCAGAAGAAUCAGAUUCCUCCAACGAGGAAAACUUCUGCAUUGUGUUCAUGGGGCACUUUAACAAUUCCAUGUCCAAGGAGGUCUGGUUGCAGUGCUGGAAAUGCAAAUUAUGGCCCCAUCAAACCUGUACCACUGUCACAACGGUGACUGAUUAAGUGUCCAACAUUCAGUCACACACCAAAUAAACAUGGCAAUGUUGCUCUAAUGGUCUCAAUAAAGACAUUCAAUAAUUAGUUGCAUGUAAUGAUUUAUGUACUUUUUCAAUCUGUUACAAUUCACCCCUAGCACUGUUACAACUAACCCAGACCACUCCUUGCAUUUAUGACCACACCAUGCAUUUGCAGUUUGAUUUACAUAAUAACCACACCAAUGUGUAAAGGACAAAUGUAGGUUGUUUGUAUCAAGUUUUGAACACACUAGCAUAAACUAUCUCUGAGAAACUGACUGAAAGGUGAGAAGUGUUACAUCCAUCACUGGUCUCCCCAACUAUUUACUCCGUACAUUUUCCCUGACACCCAAAAGUACUCGUUACAUUUUCCAAUUCACACACUUACUGUAUCAAGAGAACAUCCCCGGUCAUGCCUACUGCCUCUGAUCUGCUGGACACACUAAACACAUAUGCUUAAUUUGUAAAUGAUGUCUAAGUGUUGGCGUGCCCCUGGCUAUCCGUAAAUAAAAAAGCUGUGCUGUCUGGUUUGCUUAAUGUGAAGAAUUUGAAAUGAUUCAUACUUUUACUUUUGAUACUUAAGUAUAUUUAAAACCAAAUAUUUUUGCCUUUUACUCAAGUAGUAUUUUACUAGGUGACUUUCGCUUUUAUUUUAGUCAUUUUCUAAGGUAUCUGACACGACUUCCGCCGAAGUCGGCUCCUCUCCUUGUUCAGGUGGCGUUCGGCAGUCGACGUCACCGGCAUUCUAGCCAUCGCCGCUCCAUUUUUCAUUGUUCCAUUUGUUUUGUCUUGUUCCCCGCACACCUGGUUUACAUUCCCUAAUCACACUGCUUAUAUAUAUAUAUUCCUCUGUUCCCCCCAAUGUCUUUUUGUAGAAUUGUUUUGUUUUGUGCUUGUUGUAUCGCGCCAGUCUGGUUUUUCACCCUGGGCAUCGCCUGUACCCUAUUUGGGGAAUUAUUGGUGAACCUUAUUAUUAUAUUAUCAACGCUAUUUUGCACCCGUCUGUUUGUUGCUCUUGGCUAAUAAAGUCACCUGAUCACCUA